AUGCAGCAGCAAUCAGAUAUACGUAAGAGGGCACACCAGCAGCAGGACUCGCAGGAUCAGGACGAAGAUGAUGAUACACCCAAGAGACGACUCGGUAAAGUAGACCGAGGUAGAGAAGCAUGUAACGAAUGUAGGAGACACAAGAUACGAUGUCACCCUCACGCGGAUGACCCACAGCAUCUCUUUCCGUGUUCGAGAUGUGAAAGAAUGAACCUUGCUUGUGAAUUCGCAAAGCAUAACAGAGGAAGAAAAAGGAAGCGACCACUUCCGUUACUGGCCGGAACUUCAUUUCCCGAAGAUGCGGCAGCACAGCAAAAUGCAGGUCCAUCUUCCGGCUCGAAGUCAACCUAUCUUGAAAGCGGGACAGAUGGCACGACGCAACUCAGAUCUUUUGGUGAUCCCAGAUUCCCUUUUAUCUCCAAUGAAACUGACCUCAAACCCAAAUCCAAUCAACAUUACAGAUCAAUAGAGAAGGAAGAUGUUUAUCGUCCAUCUAGACAAAUGUCUUUGAGGCAUAUGGUGGGAGAGGAUACUUCGCAAAGCGAGGAAUCGAGCGACGAAGACGAGCAAGAUCAAGUGAAAGAAAACAACUUUUCUGCGAUGCGUGAUAGUGGAACCGGUCGUGAUCAUGGCGCAGGUUCAAAUCCCGGGGUUGUUGCGGGCAAGGGAGAGUCACAUCCAAACAAGAAGUCUUCAGCGAAAGGGAAAUCGGUUCCGACUCGAGGUCCUGAGUUGGUAGAUGAUCCAAUCAGAGCUGGUUUUGUUGAUGAAGGAGAGGCCAGAGCUUUAUUUCACUUAUACAUGACGCACUACAACAGUUCAAUGCCUCUACUCGACCCGACUCUCCAUACCCACGAUUUUGUUCGAGAGCAGUCAUCCUUUCUGUACACAUCCAUUCUAUGCGUUACGUCCCGUUAUUUGUCCUCGUUAACUCCUCACACGGGUGACGGCUCGACCAUCUCACCGGAAUCUGCCCAAUCGGUCCAUCAGCAAAUCUUGGUUCUUGCCCGAGAUCAUAUGACAUGGGCUUUUGCCGAAGCUAUCGCUAGCAUUGACGUGGUGCGGGCAAUGGUCAUUUUAGGUCUCAACAAGGAACCAGAGGAUGACAAAGCCGGCUACCAUAUCAGCCGAGCUGUCUUGCUGGGCAAAGAAUUGAACCUUGGAUGUAUCCUUACUGUGGAAGAGAUGAAUAAGUUGACGGAGGAAGAGCAAAGGAGAUUGAGGUCUAGGCAACGGGUUUGGCUAUGCCUCUUCUUCGCGAAUUCAAUCUUCAAUAUGCAAUUCCAGCAACCAAUGUUGAUCCAGCAAUCAGAUCCAUUAAUCGCUACCGCUCAUCAUUGGCUGAAACGCGCUAGACCUGAUAUGAUAUUGCGCGAUACUCAGCUAGUAUGCUCAAUCGAGUUGCGUCGCAAAUACUUACAUUAUCGUGAUCUUCUUGUGGGCUCAGGACCAGUCGAAGCAUCCUACCGCAGUGCUCUUUCCUUGAGCUUGUUGACUAAAACAAUGAAUCAGGAUUGGGACGUGUGUUCAGAAGCUUGGAUAAGGGAUAUCAUAGAUGUUGGUGGAACGUCUAGUCAUGUCAACAAACCUCGAGUAUGGACCGCGUCUUUACGACUCAACCUGAACCUGUUGAUUGUCAAUCAAACUCUUCGACUGCCACCUCAAGAUCAAAUUGACCUCGGCUCCCCUUCUUCCAUACCCGCCUUUCAUCAUUGUUUGAAUGCUGCCACUACGGUCUUGAUGAGGAUCGAAAGUCUUGAUAGGACUCAAUUAACUUUUGCCUCGGAUACUUUCUUGCAUUUUGCGCUUUACGCUGCAACUCUGCUUUCAACUCUGUGUCGUGGACAACAUCCUUACAAGUUUGAAACUCAUGAGGUUGAUCACUGCCGACGUCUGAUCACAAAAGUGGCCGAUGCGCUAGAUGCGGCAUCCGCUUACGCAUCUGAUUCGCCGACCUUACACGCCUGGUACCUUCGACGACUUUGUCAGCUGCUUCCACCACCAUCAUCCUCCAACAACAUGGUCAUGCCCACGGGAUUGUCCAUAUCGGCUCCUACAACUGAUCAGACCUUGCCACCAGCAACGGCCAAUCCACCAAUCGAUCCCGUACUUCAAAAUGUUACCACAAAUAUGCCAGUCGAUCCAGCUCUGACUUCUGGCUUAAGUAAUGAAUUAGAUUUCUUUUUGAGUGAUUUCCCUUGGGUAGGGCUAAAUCUUGACACGCCGAUUGCUGCGGUACCUCAGCAAGGAAACAAUCAAUGGAAUGGGGGUGAUGUGCAGAACUUGUUCGCUGAUAUAGGUGAUCAUUCACUAAAUGGAUACCAGACCAAUGGAAACAACAAUCAAAUCCCCAUGGAGAUGCCUUAUGGUAUGGGUAUAGGGAUGGGUGGGAUGGGAAUAGGGAGUGGAAGUCAUCUGGGAGGGAUGAAUUUUGGAAAUGUCAUGCAAUGA